GUUGGAUUUUUCCCCGGUGAGUGUGUGGAGCUCAUUAACGGAAAAAUCCCGGAGAGUCUCAUCAAUUCAGUGCCAAAGCCAGUGCCAAAGAAGCGCGGCAAGCUCCUCACCUUCCUUCGUUCCGUGGUGAAGGCCCGCCCAAAGCAACCGAAAGAGCGGGAGGUGGAGAAGGAAAGGGUGUUCGGCCGUGACCUGGGAGAGCAUCUUCUCCACUCUGGUCGUGAUGUCCCCCAGGUCCUCCAGAGCUGCGCCGAGUUCAUCGAGCAGCAUGGCGUGGUGCAGGGGAUAUACCCCCUGUCCGGCGUUGCGUCCAGCGUCCAGAGACUGCACCAGGAAUUUGAGUCUGAGCAGGUUCCUGAGCUAACCGUCCGCGACGUUCACAGCGCGAGCUCCCUCUGCAAAAUGUACUUCAGGGAGCUCCCGACCCCCCUGCUGACCGACCAGCUGUACGACAAGUUCUCGGAUGCUGUUGGUGCCACUACGGAGGAGGAGCGGCUGGUCAGAAUGCGGGACGCCAUCCAGCAGCUGCCCGCUCCUCACUACAGGACCCUGGCGUAUCUGAUGAGACACUUGGCCUGUCUGGCUGGGCACUGCUCCACCACAAAUAUGCAUGCGAAGAACUUAGCCAUUGUGUGGGCUCCAAACCUCUUAAG